CCGUGACGACAUUGUGAACGUAUGCCCACCCCUUUCACAUACAGCUCAGCACUAACGCUGGACUCUGUACAUCUUCAGAGCAUCGCAAAGUGUUCUCCGUGGUGUCCUGCGCAAAACGCAUAGGCACCUCCGUUGGUGCGGUUGUUUCACCCUAUUCCAGCAGGCGCGCGUGUUUCUGUCAUUUUCUCGCUUAUCGCUCCCUGUUUACCUUGCUUAUAACGGAAAUCAGAGAACACGGCGGGUUUUUUUCUUGGUUACGGGGAUGGGGGAAUGAUAAACCCCAUAUCCCCACAUCUGUGUCUUCAAACGUAGGAGAGCUCCGCAGAAUGGCAGCCCUGGGAGGAGGGAUCGAGCACCGGCCACAGGCCGCUCAUCUAAUCCAGGCGGCUGUCUUUGCAGCCAUCGUCGCCCUGAGCACCUGCAUGACAGGGUCUCACAUGUGCCCGCGAAGCCUAGACUGUGCCCGGGCCGGGCGACACUUCUGCCAGCCGGGGGAGUCCGACUGCGGGCCCUGCCUCUCCCCCUUGGUGGAGAACUCCCGCGGCAGGUGUGUGGUGAAAAGGAGGCACGCCCCUCGUGUGGAUAAAGUGGCCACGUUCCCCGAGCUCGACCAAGAGAUUGACUUCCUGUCCGCCAUCAUCAGCCAGCAGCAGGAGACUGACAUCCAACUCCAAGCUCCGCCCCCUCAGGAUGUCUCCAAAACCAAGGAGGAGCCUAAACCUCACAGCGCCUCCAGUGGGCCCACGGCGGUACUGCCCGCCACGCUCGGCGGCCCCUCCGCCCCGCCCAACGGCACGGCGUCUCCCACAACGAACAGCCAGGCCCACUCGGUCCGCGGCGGGCCUGUAAUCGUCCCCAUCACCGCCCCUUACCCCUCCGAUGAGCAUGUGUUCCUCAUCAUGACCAGUGUCUUCAUCGUGGUAGGAUCCCUGGCUUUGAUCAUAGCUGGGGCCUGUUGGAUCAGAUUGCAGAAGGGUGUUCGCCUGGCGCAAAAGAUUGACUACCCUGCCUAUGGUGGAAUGGGACCCCAGUCCUAUGACAACAAUGUGCCUGGAGACAAGAAGCUGGCGCGGAGUGCCCAGAUGUACCACUACCAGCACCAGAAACAGCAGAUGCUGUCCCUGGGGAAACACAGGGAUGAGCCAAAGGUCCCGGACUCGGGCGCCACGUCGGAUGAGGAGAACGAGGACGGAGAUUUCACCGUGUACGAGUGCCCCGGCCUUGCCCCGACUGGAGAGAUGGAAGUGAAGAACCCUCUGUUUGACGACUCCCCCCUCUAUUUCCAGAGGACCCACAAGUAGGCCUGGAAGCUUUGAUGGGCAGACACACCGUAGACGACCCCCUCCUCCUUGUACAGAGAUACGACACACACGCACGCACACAGUAAACACUCGCCCAGCACACGUCACCAGGCUUCUGGAAGCUACACAUUAGGAGCCUGGCCGAAGCAACAACACUCCAACCACCACGUCAGGCCAGGUGUGCGGAGAGAAGAAGAGAUGGGUGGAGGAUGUGAGGGAUGUGUACAGGAAGAAGAGGAGGGUGAGAUGCAGACUAGAGGAGUGUAUCAGAGGGGGUCUCCUCCUGGCUUGGGAUAGAGAUCUGGGGCCAAAAUCUUUUUUUGUUUUUUCGAAAGACUCACACGACCGUUCCUUGUGGUCUGGCGUAAUCAUGCCUUUUCAAGUGUUUGUUUGUUUUCAUGUUUAUGUUCAUUUAGGUUCCUGUUGGUCUGGAACACUCAUCUGUAGUUUCAGGGAAUGGGUUUACGGGGAAUAUCGAGUAUGUGUAUGCAUGUAUGUGUAUGAGUCGGGCUUCAACGGAUAUUGUGAAAACUGUCACGGCCACGUCCAGGGACUCGUCGGUUUGAAAGCUACGGUCUGUGACCUGAGAAAGACGUUCGUAAGAGGAGGGGCAGCAACAGAAGGCAAUUUUGUUUGUUGGAUUGUCCAUGUAAGCAGUAUACAGAGUAAACAAUAUCCAAACAUCUUUGAUUCUCUUCAUUCCCAGGUUGUGGCUUGGUUUUGGUCCAAAGAGAUUUGACUCUUCUUUCAUUAAUGUACACAUGCACAGACACAGACACAGACACACACACACUGGCAGUACCGUGAUCCUUUAAAGUCUGUUAUGUAGCCAUUGUAUUCUCAGUAUAGUCUCUCUAUGCAUGACUUGAUGCUGUGUUAUGAAAAAGUCAAUAUGCAUUCACGGUUCUUACAAGUUUCUUGUGCAAACUUGCUCACGAUAUACAUAACUUGAAUGAUUUCAAAGGAAUUUGAAACUUGUUAAUCUAACUCUGAACCAGAGCAACCCUUUUGUGUAAAUAUAUAUAUAAAAGACAAAAAUGGCUUGUCCCCAUGAUCUAUGAUGUUCUGUACGUCACUACUGAUGUGUACAAAGAGAGAGAAGAAUCCGUCACUGACUAAUGUGUUUGUACACGCUAUCGUAUAUUUCAGAGUGUUGUGUCACUGUUUUGCUUUUGUUCUGGAGUGUUUUCAGAAGUUGCCUAUUGAUGCCGUCUCUCAGGAACGCUGCUGUCACUAGUUAUUUCACCCCAUACGCUCAACAUGACAGGUUCUGAAGAUGGCAUGCUCCGGACUGUUGGUACUGACCCUGAAAGUAUGGCCAUUUGAUUUGAUAUUUUAACAUUUGUCAAAAUUAUUAAUGAGUCUUUACAUUUUGGGCCUUGAGAACAAAGCGAGAAAUAUGUAGUUUAAUUAAAUGAGGUCUUAAACUGCCCCAUCCAUUCCAAGGACACGGUAUCAGAAUAUUCUGUAUGAAGACUGUUUGACCUCAUGUUCUGUACUGUAUUUCUGCUUUCCAUUUUAUUCCUGCUGGGUGGGAGAAACUCACGGAUUGAUGUCCAUAUAUUUGCUCCUUGUGCCCAUAAUAUCUCCAAUGAAUGUGGCUUGCAUCUCUAGUAGUGGUGAGCAUUUGACCGACCGAACUGACUGACUGACUGAUAUGAAAAAACUGGACCCAGCGGUAAACAUGUCCACCAACCUGAGAGAUGAACGACCUCAUUAUCCAACACUGAGAUUGUUUGGCGUGCAUGUAAACAUAUCAGAGAUGGAAAUGAAAGAAUAAAUAUUUAUAUUAUCUUAAAUGAAAUAA